AUGUUUCAAGAGUUUGCAAAAGGGGAGAGAAUUUGGAAACCAAGAUACGGCCUAACAUUGCUCAUUCUAACUUCUGACAUCGUUUUCAAAGAGAGGCAUAUCCUCAAAAUUUUACAAUUAGAACAACUGAACCAACUUCAUCAACAAAUUUACCAGAGACUUACAUCGUUGAUUGAUGAUAUAGUUGCUUCCGUGUAUAAGGAACACAGACUUUCCACUUUGAAUUCAUAUCCAUUAACAGAGAUAGUUGCCAUAUCUUACUUUGUUGCAGAUAAGUUCCCAUGGUUAUUUUACAACUAUGACAAAUUGGAUACACUGAAGUCAGAAUCAGCACUACUUAGGGCAAAAGAGGUUGCUGAAGAAGCCUAUUUGUUGAAAGUUCCAAGAUACAACCAGGUGUGGAUCAUAACUUAUCUAUUGAAGGAAGCAUAUAAUAAGCAUGUGGAAUAG